ACAUCCAGAUUCGGUGUUUGCUAACGUUAGCCUCUCAAGGAGUAACGGUACAUGGAACAGUAGUAGGGUAUCAUUUUAUUCUAGGGUAAAAACGGACACCCCAGAACAGGGCACCUGAUAUGACGUUGCUCUCGGCACGGAACAUAAAACCUCAUGAGAUAACGCAAGAUCCAUAGUUUUGCCAUUUGACCUCAAUGGUUUAGCGAAUGAGCUGGCUAGCUAACGUUACAAACUUAAGUUAACUGGCUAGCGUGUUAAAAUAACAUGCAACAGCACAAACAAACAAUGCCUGGCUCAUCAGGUAACGUUAGGGCUCUACCUCCUCCCUCGAGGACUGUAGUCAUGUACAGGAAUGGAGAUUCUUAUUACCCUGGAAGGAAGAUUGUCAUCAACCACCGCCAAAUGUCACAUUUUGACAGCUUUUUAAGUUUAGUUACAUUUGGUGUUGAGGCACCAUUCGGAGCCGUGCGAAAUAUUUACACUCCGCGGGAGGGGCACAGGAUACUUGACAUGGACCAUUUUCAGCAUGGGGAGACAUAUGUAGCAGCUGGAAGGGAACGGUUUAAAAAGCUUGACUACCUACAAAUAUCAACGAUGAAACCACCAAGAAAGAAAAAAGCAAUGAUCGUGCCUGUAACUCACAGCAAAAUAUUGGUUCCAGCUCGCUGCAGGAGAUACAUUAAUGAGUCAUGCACCAUCAAUGUUUUUACCAACGGAGAUAUCUUGGUUCCACCAUUCCGGAUACUGAUACCAAAGUACACUCUCAAAAGCUGGGAGCAUGUACUGGCCAUGGUAACAGAGAGGGCAUGUCUGCGCACAGGAGCUGUGCACAGGAUAUGCACAUUAGAUGGGACUCCUUUACUCAGUGGCGCAGAGUUAGAGAAUAACCAGUACUACGUGGCUGUGGGGGUUGAGAGAUUCCGACACUUGCCGUAUUUCCAGUGGGUUCCUAACAGAGGAGUCAUUCGAGAUAAGGGUGAUUUUCUAAGGAAAAGGAAACAAGGAAAGGAAGUUUCUGUUGUAGAUGGCCGAGACCCAUCUCCCUCCCGGGAAGAAGAGCCGGUGCGUGUGGAACCCGGGUUACGGGCCCUGCUGCCUCAGUUCUACUCCAAGUCCCAGACAGCCAAAAAACCGAUGCGGACUUCCAGAGUUCCGUCUCAUUUCUCAGUGGGGGCAGAUAGCGUGUUCAAAGCCAAGGACAGAAGAAAGGAAACAGCAGGAGCGGCCGAGGUGGAGGAGGAUAGCCGAGUGCAAGUGGACCUGCCCAUUGAUCAGGUCAAAGCCAAGACGGUGGAUGAUGAGCAGUGUGACUACCCUCGUCCAGAGAGUGGUGGGAAGAGUCCUGCGAAACCUUUCCCCCGGAAGCUCAGUUCCAGCAAAACUCAGAAAACGCCACCAGCGGGCUCCAGGGCGGAGACUCCUGCCAAAACUUCUGGGACUCCAGAGGAGCCAGUCGGUGACUCUAGGCUGAGCAAAGCAAAGGGAUACCCAGUGAAAGCAAAAGUGCCAGCCCCAGUUACACCAGAUGGGCCAGUGCAGUCGUCAGAUGUUUCACCUGAGGAAACGGCAGAGAAGCAGAAAGUGGAGCGGCGAGCGUCAAAGCUGUGCGGAAUACGGACACGGAUGUCCAAGUUUUUCAAGGACAAAAACAAAAAGGAAACAUCGACUACAGAAUUGGAUGACGUUGAUCCAGAGAAUCAAUGAUCGACCUAUUUUACAAGGUAGGCCUUUGUUGCAUUUUAUGCACUUUGAUAUUGGCACCCCUGUCGUUCUGAGUGCAUCACCAAUGCUGGCGGUUUGCUCCCAUCCUCACAGUGAAGACAGCCAGUCCCGUCGCAGUCACAGCAUGGGAAUCCUCCCUCCCCGUGUGCAAGAUGAAACUGUUUUAAACGAAAUAAAAAUGUCUGCAUCUUGACAG